AUGGCGCCCAGCCUUGCCUCUGCUGGCGCAGCGGCCUUUGUACUUCUGGGCUUUACUCUCUACCAAAGUUUUCUGAGCACUGGCAUUGUCUACGGGUGGCCAUCGCUCCUUUCACUUCUGACCAGCGAGAAUGUGUAUAGACACCGCUGUGAUAAUUAUGCAGAGAGUUGUCCUGAGCGCACUCUGGCCUUCAACCUUGUUUUUAGCAUCGGUGCAAUGGUGAACGUCUCUGGUGGCGUGGCCUGCGGAUUCCUUGUCGACUCCAUCGGACCACGCAAGGGCAUCCUCACGGGCUUGAUCUUGAUCAUCACGGGGAGCCUCUGUUUGGGCUUGGCAGACGUAGAGAGCGACUGGGCCUGGCCCGCCGCCUACGUCUUCUACGGACUUGGGGGCUGCUGCGUCCAUCUCUCCAGCUUCUCUUUGGGCAACGCUUUUGGAAAGGCCAAGGGCGUGGUCAUUUCCUGCUUUGUGGCAAUGUUUUCGAUCUCAGCGCUGGCGUUUCAAGUCUUCGACCUGGCCUACCGAGCUGGGCUGACACUUCGAGUCGUAUCCUUGAUCCAUGUCAGCCUCGAGGCUCUCAACAUGUGCUUUUCUGGAUGGCUGUGGCCAGAUUCAGCACUGAAACCAGGAACGCGAUUGAUCUUCGAGCGAUGCCGGAUCAAGUCCAGCGGGGGCAUGGAGCAGGGAAUCGCCACCAAAAGUCUUACUGCUCGGGAGCGCUGCGUCUCAGCGCUGGGCAUCGCGAGGACCUACAAGUUUGUAGGGUUCCUCACUUUCCACUUCACCCAGCUCGGUCUGAAUCGAUGUUUGAUGGGGUGGAUGGCGGCUGAGCUACGUUGGAAGCACGAGGAGCUGCUCGGUGCUUCGAGACCUGGGCUCGACAUCGAUCAUGAGCUGGCCAUGUUCAAUUUUUUGCAAGCAGCGGCUGGUUUCAUUUCUAUCCCUGCCUUUGGAUGGCUGGUGGCACGAUUCGGGCACCGGCGUGCUCCUUUCUGUGCUACAGCCGGCCUUGCCGUUCUCUUUCUCGCUGUCCGGCCCUUCAGCGAACCGUGGCUCUUGCCAGUCCUUUACAUUGUGUCGGCUUGCCACCGUCAGCUGUUCUUCUCAACGUUCUUCACGUUCAUGAUUUCCGAAUAUCCGGCCGAGUUGUUUGCGACACUGGCUGGAAUGGCGAAUAUUCUGGCUGGCCUAGUGUCCUUCCUGCAGAAUCCACUCUUGGAGUUUGUCUUGCGGGACAUGGAUGGGGACUUCUUGCUUCCGCUGCUGGCACAGCUAGGAAUCGCUGCCAUCGUGUUCGUUUGUUCCCUGGUCGCCUGGUUCUACGACAAGCCCGUGCUUCCGCCACCGGCAGCCCUCGACACAGAGACUGAGCCGGGACAAACUAGCCCACAAUCUGCCAAGCUGAGCCCACAACAUGCGUCGGAGGUAGAUGAGGCUGCAGAAUCAAAGCUGCAACUCUGA